AUGUUUGACAUUUCCUUGAGUACGGUCAGGAGACGAAUGCGCGAACAAGGACUUAGCUCCACUCAGCCAUUUGCGUCUCUUAGUGAUGAAGAAUUGGAUAGUAUAGUAAGUGAAAUAAAACUCAGUCAUCCACAAUGUGGUUAUCGAAUGAUGAUUGGGCAUUUAAGAUCUAGGGGACUGAAAAUUCAGCAGGAUAGAGUGCGUACAUCCUUGCGCAGGGUUGACCCAGAAGGCACAACUGUGCGAUGGAUGGCUGCUAUUUACAGAAGAAAAUACUCUGUCAAGGGACCAAAUUCUCUGUGGCACAUAGAUGGCUACCACAAACUUAUUAGGUAAUAUAUAUACUUAUUAGGUAAUAGUAUCUGGUGGGGAGGGCGGGGGGUUGCACCGACCCCAAUACUGAUCCAGUACCCUAACUUUGAACCACAGAAAUACCAUUUCCUGCAUUCUGAGCAUCAUUUGUUCACAAAAUUUGCUCCCAACGACCCCAGACUUUAGGCUAAAUGCAACUUAAUUUAAUUAUUCCUUGUGUGGUACAUGCAUGGUUUAAAAUUUUAGUGGAUAAUAUACAUGUACUUCAAAACAAUUAAAAAUACAACAAACUAAAUCUUUAAAUUUAAAACUCUAAUAUUUUUUGCUUUAUCAUGACAAAAUAGCACACGCCCCUGCGCCCCUCUGGCCAGGGCUAGGCGGUGCACAACCCCGCCCCAGUAAAUCCGAGUAUUUUAUGAGUUUCUUAUACAAGAAAUGAGUAAAAUGCUCGGCAGGAUUAUGAUUUGCAUGCAUUUGGCGUUGUAAAUGGCAAAUUAUUUAAAAUGAAACAAGAACAAGUUGUAUGCUAAAUUAAGAACACUAAUUAAGCGCCAGCACUCUCCCCUUGACAAGUAAAAUCGUCUGGCGUUAGACAGAGUGAAAUAAUCUGGCGUUAAACAAAGUAAAAUAAUAAAAUAGGGCAAAUAAGGGCACAUUGCAACACAAAUGGAUCUGAUUAGAUAAAAGUCGGAUUUUUGUUUUGUCUAAACGAGAGAAAACCUGUUUAGAUGAAGGCAAUACGACUUUUUACCGUGUAAUCUGCUCUCAGAAUUUUUGUUCUCAUGAAAAUAAAAUCAUGCUAUUGUCAUAUUAUAAAAAGGGUUAUUUAAUCUGUUUAACAGUCUAGAAUCAAUGCAAUUAAAUAGCUUAAUUAAUUCUCCAUCCUGGCAAUGCAUAUGUGAUAGCAGUAGUUUUAUUUCAAGUAGUGUUGAAUAACUUAUUAUUCCCUCCAAUUUUAGGUGGAAAAUGGUUAUCCACGGAGGAAUAGAUGGGUUUUCAAGAGUACCAGUGUAUUUAUCUUGUUCCAAUAAUAACCGUGCUGAUACAGUUUUCGAACUAUUUGAAGAAGCUGUCAAUUGCUGGGGGCUUCCAUCGCGAAUUCGAUCAGACAAAGGUGGAGAAAAUGUCGAAGUUUCUAUGUUUAUGCUAACACACCCACAUCGAGGACCAGGAAGAGGUAGCAUGAUUACAGGAAAGAGUGUUCAUAAUCAGCGAAUCGAACGAUUGUGGAGAGAUAUUUUUUAUCAAGUAGUUUGCUUGUUCUAUAACUUAUUCUAUCAUUUGGAAAGCUGUGACGUGCUUGAUCCUGACAAUAAUGCGCACAUUUUUGCAUUGCAUUACGUCUUCAUUCCACGUAUAAACAAGUGUCUCGCACAAUUUGUACAGUCCUGGAAUGCUCAUGUUCUUUCGGGAACUGGAGGAAAGACACCCAUGCAGAUGUGGAUCGAAGGGCAGUUGCAAAUGGGCUCAUCCCAAAAAGGAUCAGUGUUUGAGGAGUUAACCGAGGUAAUUCUUGAGAAGUUUUUAUGCAUAUAUUUUAAAUUGUGUAUUAUACAUAAUUAAUUAAAGCAGUUUUCAUAAUUCAAGCAUCAUUUCAAAAUUCUCAAAGCAAGUUCCAUUUAUUUUAAGUACAUACUGUAUAGUUCAAAGUUGUAAAAGAGAAAACCAUUAAAAAAAGACAAUUGUUUUUUUUUAAGAAUGAAGCUGAAGUAUUUGGAAUAGAUUGGGAUGGUCCACUUCCAACAAAUUUGUGCAAUGGUGCAGAUUAUGAGGGAAACACUAUUGAAGUUCCAAGUGUGGAUCUACCAUUAACACAAGAACAGUUUCAUCAGCUUCAAUCCCAGAUAAGUCCACAUGAACCAGGUUCAAAUUAUGGAAUUGAGAUAUAUAUGAGAGUAUUGCAGUUUUUAUCACAAGUGUAG